ACGUUGUGCAUAACUGAACACUGAAAAAAAAUAAAAUAAUUAGAAUUAAAAUAAGGUCAGUCUCAGAUACCAGAGAGCUCAUACUUUUUUCAUUAUCAUUAUUUCUUAUUUUACUAAAUUGGACUACAAUAAUAAAUAAAUGAUUAAUAUAUGUUAGUUGGAAUGUAAUUUCAGGUUAGAGGGAAAUAAGAAUCGUACAACACAAAAAAAUAAAAAUAAAAAUAAAUAAGAUUAUACAUUUUGUAGAGAGAGAAAGCUUGUGAGAGUCAGUUUUUUUUUUUUUUGGCUUUCAUUACCGCAAACCCUCCUCUUCACCUUCUUCAAAGUCCCAUUUUCAUGUCCUACUGAGAAGAGAAGGAUAAAAAAGAGGAAAAAACCCAUCUGGGUUUUCUUCACCAUAUCCAUAUCUCCUUUUUGAUACAUAUAUUUUCACUUUUAAAGUUUUAAAAAGAAAGAAAACAUAUAAUUUUUUUAGGUGUGGGGUAUGUUGGUUUUUGGAUUUAAGCUUACCACUUGAGUUUGCUUCCUCACAAUAUAUAGUUAAAAGGUACUUUUUUUUUUUAAUUAUUAUUAUCAUUUUCUCUCUUUAACUUUCCUUAUUUAUCUUUGUAGCAAUUAUUAAACGCAUUAUUUCUUCUCACUAUAUCAAACCCUCUACUUACACUAUCAUUUUCCUCUGCUUUCUUGUUUUUUAUUUUUUAUUUUGGGUGUAGCUUUCGUUUAGUUACACAGUUCCCAUCUUCUAUUAUUUGUGCUGUAGUGGUUACACAUGUGACUGGUUUCAAUCUUCUGGGUCAUACAUAUUAUCUCAAUAUAUCUCUGUUUUCUGCUCAUUUUAGUUGGGUUUUGCCAGAUUUGGGAUCUGGGUUUUGGUUAGAUUUGAGUUUCAUUUGUGGUUCUUUUGGUUAGAUAGAGAGAGAAAGUUCCAGAGAGAGAAAGUUGUAGAGUAACAAUGGCAGGCGGUGCUGCACCAAAAGCAGAUGAGCCACAACCACAUCCACCUAAGGAUCAGCUACCAAAUAUCUCUUACUGCAUUACCAGUCCUCCUCCAUGGCCCGAGGCCAUUCUCCUUGGUUUUCAGCAUUAUCUUGUGAUGCUUGGCACUACGGUUCUCAUUCCAACUGCUCUUGUUCCCCAGAUGGGUGGUGGAAAUGACGAGAAGGCUAAGGUGAUCCAGACCCUACUCUUUGUUGCUGGUUUGAAUACAUUGCUACAAUCAUUGUUCGGAACUCGAUUACCUGCUGUCAUUGGAGCAUCGUAUUCGUUUGUCCCCACCACAAUUUCAAUUAUCCUUGCCGGACGAUUCAGUGAUUCUUCUGAUCCUGAAGAGAAAUUUAAGAGGACAAUGCGGGCAAUUCAGGGGUCUCUUAUUGUUGCUUCAACUCUUCAGAUUGUUUUAGGCUUCAGUGGCCUUUGGCGCAAUGUUACAAGGUUCUUAAGUCCACUUUCAGCUGUUCCUUUGGUAGCUCUAGCUGGUUUUGGUCUCUAUGAGUUGGGUUUUCCUGGGGUGGCUAAAUGUGUAGAGAUUGGACUUCCACAGCUUGUUCUCUUAGUGUUCGUUUCACAGUAUUUGCCGCACCUCUUCCACUCAGGGAAACAUAUCUUUGACCGUUUUGCUGUCCUAUUUACAGUGGUGAUUGUAUGGAUUUACGCUCACCUUCUCACAGUGGGUGGGGCGUAUAAUGAUAGUGCCCCAAAAACACAAAUGAGCUGCCGUACAGAUCGUGCGGGUCUUAUUAGUGGCGCUCCAUGGAUAAGAGUUCCUUAUCCAUUUCAAUGGGGAGCACCUUCUUUCGACGCAGGUGAAGCCUUUGCCAUGAUGAUGGCUACUUUUGUUGCUCUUGUCGAGUCAACAGGUGCUUUUAUUGCUGUUGCAAGGUAUGCUAGUGCAACUCCAUUGCCAGCUUCUAUACUCAGUCGUGGAGUCGGUUGGCAGGGAGUUGGCAUUCUGGUUUCUGGAUUGUUUGGAACAGUGAGUGGAUCCUCAGUAUCUAUUGAGAAUGCUGGCCUUUUGGCGUUGACUCGUGUUGGCAGUCGAAGGGUGGUGCAAAUAUCAGCUGGAUUUAUGAUAUUUUUCUCUAUUCUUGGGAAAUUCGGAGCAGUCUUUGCUUCAAUCCCAGCACCCAUUAUAGCUGCUUUAUACUGCCUUUUCUUUGCUUACGUUGGUUCCGGCGGUCUUAGCUUUCUUCAGUUCUGCAACCUCAAUAGCUUCAGAACAAAGUUCAUUCUAGGCUUCUCUCUCUUCAUGGGUUUGUCUGUUCCACAAUAUUUCAACGAGUACACUGCCAUCAAUGGUUAUGGUCCAGUUCACACUGGUGGAAGAUGGUUCAACGAUAUCAUCAACGUCCCUCUACAAUCAGAAGCGUUUGUGGCGGGCUGUGUAGCAUACUUCUUGGACAACACAUUGCAUAAAAAGGAUAGCGCGAUCAGGAAAGACCGAGGUAAACAUUGGUGGGACAAGUUCAGAUCCUUCAAGGGUGACACCAGGAGUGAGGAGUUCUAUUCUCUUCCAUUCAAUCUAAACAAAUACUUCCCAUCUGUGUGAGUGAGUUUGGUGAAGUUAAGAAGUUAAAAGGGUAUUUAUUAAAUACUAAUCUCCAUCUUCCAAGUUCUUACUUAGCCUCUUUCUAUAAAACCCAUUGUUCACUCUGUUAAGUCAGUAUAAGAAGAUAGUUCUCUCUUUUUAUCCUUUUUACGAUGCUUUAGUACAUUUAUUUCAUUAUAUUCCUUUAUGUAAAUCCAACUGAGGGAAGUGAAUUUAAAAGUAGCAAUGAAGAAGUUUGUUUGUUCUUCUCUCCA